AUGCAACAUAUCUUCACGCACCAGCAGCAGUACCCUGGGGAGUGGGCCCAGCAAGGCCACCACCAGCAGCACCCGAAUCACCAUGUAGCCCAGCACGGUCAACUUCAGGCACAUGCGCAGGCACAGGCGCAGGCUCAGGCCCAAGCACAUGCCGUCCGGGCCGCCGCAGCUGUCGCCCAACAGCAGCACUACAGCCAAAUCGCGGGGAACAACGGAACAGCUAUCCCGAGCAGCGGCAUCGUUCCUCGUGGACCCGCGAACGACAUUCAAACAAACACCGAUAUCGGCAUGACAGAGGAGAACAGGCGCGUCCUCGACUGGAUCGCGCAGCUCAUGAAGCCGGCUACGCGCGAAUCGGCCUUGCUUGAGUUGAGCAAGAAGCGGGAGCAAGUGCCGGAGCUGGCUCUGAUUCUCUGGCAUUCUUUCGGUGUCAUGGCUUCUCUCCUUCAGGAGAUCAUCUCUGUCUACCCUCUGCUCAACCCAUCGCAAUUGACCGCCGCUGCUUCGAACCGUGUCUGCAAUGCCCUCGCACUGCUUCAAUGUGUCGCCUCUCACACUGAGACUCGUGGUCUCUUCCUGAGUGCGCACAUUCCGCUCUUCCUUUAUCCGUUUCUUAAUACGACAUCCAAGUCGAGGCCAUUCGAGUACCUCCGCCUUACGUCUCUUGGUGUCAUUGGUGCUCUUGUGAAGAACGACUCGUCGGAGGUCAUCAAUUUCCUCCUCACGACCGAGAUCAUUCCGCUUUGCUUGCGCAUCAUGGAGACAGGCUCAGAGCUUAGCAAGACGGUUGCCAUUUUCAUCGUACAGAAGAUCUUGUUGGACGAUAUUGGCCUGGCGUACAUUUGCCAGACCUACGAGCGCUUCUAUGCCGUUGGCACCGUCCUCAGCAACAUGGUCAAUCAGUUGGUGGAGCAGCAAACUGUUCGCUUGCUUAAGCACGUCGUUCGCUGCUUUCUUCGUCUGAGCGACAACGCCCGCGCCCGCGAGGCACUGCGUCAAUGUCUCCCCGAACCUCUCCGCGACGCCACUUUUUCAUCAGUUCUGCGUGACGAUGCUGCAACUAAGCGUUGCCUCGCUCAGCUUCUGAUCAACCUUUCCGAUAAUGUUGUCGACGCUGCAAACAACCAGCAAAUUAUGCACUGA